AUACUAUAUACUAUAUAUAUAUAUAUAUAUGUUAAUAUUAUUUAAAUUUAAUUCCAUACAAUACAAAAUAGAGGAAAAUAAUUGUUUAAAUGUAUUCACCACAAAAUAAACCAUAGUGAUUUCUUUAAUUUAUGUAUAUGUGUAAAUUAUUCAAUAUAUAUUUAUUAAUUUGUUUUAUAAUAUGUAAAAAAAUGUUAAUACGUAAAAAUAAAGUGUAUAUAAAGGAUUCAUUAAUCUUUUUAAAAAACAGACUCAUUCAAAAAAAAAAACGAAAGGUAAACAAUCCUUAGAAUUUUGUCUUAUACCAACCCAAUUGCAUUUAGGAGUUACUUAGCUAGUUCAUUACUUUACUGUUGCACGGAACCUUUCACAUUAAUAAACUUGUUAUGAUUUUACUAGUUGAACUAAAGCUAAAACAUAAAAUAACACAAAGCAAGACAACACGAUAAGCAAUGAAAAUGACUAACAAAACAAUAAACAUUAAGGCUACACAAUUAAAGUAACUAAAAAGGUUAAUAAGGUGAAAACAUUGGAUCAUUGGCAAAUCAACUGAUUAUGGCAAACAAAUAAUGAUGCAAGUGUAACCAAUUAGCCCAAUCCUAUAACAUAAAGCCGACAGUUGUGACACUCCACUAUUCACUUCACUAAUCAUCUAUUCUAAAUUUCAUUUGCAAGACAUUUAGAUCACUAUCCUCGUGAGGUUUGUACUCGUGAUGGAGAUGAGCCGGGGCCCCCUCAAUUGAUAACGGUUCAUUUUGCCGAAGAAACUUGAGUUUUCUGCAGUACCACCGGCCCUGACCUAAUAAGCACCAGCUUUAGGCGCCAAAUUAGGUUAUAUAUAUAUGGGCAUAAAAAACCCCAAAACAUGCAUGUAUCUUAGUGGUUGUGUGCUUCUUAACUGAGUUAAGAGUUUUCGGUUCGAAACACAGGGGGUGACCUAAUAAACCCCAACUGUUGUUUGACUUGGUGACUGGAUUAAUUGGUCUGGAAUAUAAAUGCAGAAAACAUAUAAAUGAGACAAAAGGGUAAAAAUGUAAAAUAAAAAGAGCAAUAAAAUAUUAUAUAAAAAUGAGAUAUAUCAUAUUUUCGAAUAAAGGAAAUAUAUCAUAUUUUAGAGGAAAAAAAUACAAAUUUGAAAAAAAAAUCUAAGGAAAUAUAUCAUAUCCAUAACUCAAAGAAACAAAUCAAAUACUAAUAUACAAUAUUCAUAAAAAAUAAAACAAAUCACAAAUACUAAUAUUUUUAGAAACGGAUAUCCGAUCUGAUCUGUUACAUAUAUAUGCAUCUAUUUUAAAUGAUUCUAUAUAUAAUUUAUAUAAAUAUUAUAAUUUAUAUAAGUUUUAUAAUAUUUUUAAUGAUUAAAUUUAUUAUAUAUUUAUUAGAAUUUUAAAAAUUAAAUAAUUAUUUUUAUUUUUGUAAUAAAAUAUUAUUAUUUUAAAAUUAAAAUAAUUUUAUUUUGUACAGAUCGUGUGGAUAUCCAGUUAAAAAUCUUAAUUUUUCGGAUAUCCGGGACAAUAAAUAUCCGGUUGGCUACUGAUCGAACUGAAUCGGAUAAUUGAUUGUUCUGACCAAAUAAAUCGGAUCAUGAAUACCUCUAAAAGAUCCAGACAUUCAAUCAGUGCUCACCCUACUCCUAAUGGUUAAUAAGCUUUCAGUCACCUUUGGGGAGAAGCAUGCAGCAAUUAUGCUACUUUAUAAUAUAUAUUGACUUCAAAUGAUAUAAAUUAACAUAUAUCAGGUUAAGAAUAAUUUAUUUUAUAGAUUUAUAUAUAAAAUACUUUCAAAUUUUCUUUUGUGGAUAUUAUAGAAAGUGGACCUUAAUUAAAAGACAGAAUGAAGACUGUAAGAAACAAUUUUUGUGUUACCAACUAAGAGUCUAAGAGGUACCUAGUUGAAUGCCGUAGGUGCUCCAAAAAAAUUAUUGUUCCGGGUGUAUCAGACAAUGGGCUUAGACUCGACUCUAUAUAUAGUUGUUUUGUUGUGUUUCACAAAAUGAUUUUAUGCUCAGCUCUAUAAUUGUUUCAUCUAAAUCACAAAAUGGGCUUAGACUCGGCUUGAUAUAAGAUUUGAUUGGUAAGAGCUUGAUAUAGAGCUUGAUUGGUAAGAGCUGUGAUUUCAUUUUUGGCUGUAGAAAUAUUGCUGUGAUUUUUUUUGCUUUGGUUCUAGAUUUUUAAUUUUUAAAAGUAUUUAAAUUUGAGUUAUAGGUAUUUGUUUCGGCAGAACAAUUAUAAAGACAUUAGAUUAAAGAAAUGCUGUGGAUUUUUAAAAAAUGGUUGUGAGCUUUAAAAAAAUACAAAUCAAGAUUGGUGUAGAUUUAGGACUGUAAAUAUAAUUAUGGCCAUGGAAAACAUCUACAACAAUUGCCAAUCACUCCCAAAGUUAUUUCGUGGCUUCGAAACAAUUUUAGCAUAUAAGUAAUAUAUUGACACCAGAGCUAGAUUCGAGAUUUUGGGGAUUUAGAACUUUUUGUAAGGAUUUUAGUAAAAAACAGAUAUUCAAUUUGAAGUAUUUUUCCGACCAUAUAUUUAAACAACCCAAAUAUAUUGUAACUGGAUGUUGAAUUCGGAGUAAACUAGCUUACAACAUGGUUUAUACACAGAGCCGGUCCUAGAAUAUUUAAGAUUGGAAGCAAAAAAAAUAAUAUGUGGCCGGAUCUGUAGCCACUGAUGGUCGAACCCAUGAGCUGAAGAAGGCAAGUUUAGUGAGCAUUGCCACUAGAUUAAAGGGAAUAUAUUGAUUAUGUGGCCGAAUCUUAUUCAUAAAAUAAAUGGCCACAAGCAAUUGCUUCAUUUGCUUGAUGCCAGGGCCGACUAAUUAUACAAAUCUAAUUUCUGCAAACAAACUAAACCUUACACACUAGGCACUAGCGCUUAAAAUUUUAUUGUAUAUUUAGUUAAUCAAUAAUUUUCAUUAUUUUUUUAAAACAUGAUUAUUAUUCUGGUCAAAUUCAUUUGAUUUAGUAACUUGGUAAUAAAAUAUUUGACUAAGGACUACUUGUAAUGAUAUUUGACGGGGUUUCCAAAAUAAAUGUUACAUUUCUUUUUCUUUUAUUGACUUAAAAAAAGAUAUUUAUGAUCGAUCAAAUUAGUAAGGAUACCGUUUUGGAUUUUCCAUCUUGUUUCUUAUUCCGAUAAUUUUAUUUUUUGAAUAAAUGUUCAAAUUGGUAAUCAAUCAAAUAAUUCCCUAUUCUUUUAUUGACUAUAACUUUUUGUUAAGAUUUUUGUAAUCGAUCAAAUUAGUAAGAAUAUCGUUUUAUAUUUUCUAUUUUGUUUCUUAUUUCGAUCAUUUUUAUUCUUUUAAUUAAUAAAUGAUGGCCCAGUCAAUACUAAUAAAAAAAAAUGCCACCAUUGACCCAAAUUUUAAUUUGUUAUUAACAAGAUAUAUGAUAACAUAUAUAAAUGAACCAAUCUUGAAUAUGUAAGUUAAUCUGAGACCAAAAAAAUCGCAAAAGUAAUUUAAAAUUUAAGAAUAAAUGUUACACUUUUUUUUUCUUUUAUUGACUUAAAAAUAUAUUUGUGAUCGAUCAAAUUAGUACGAAUACAGUUUUAGAUUUUCCAUCUUGUUUCUUAUUCCGAUCAUUUUAUUUUUUGAAUAAAUGAUUAAAUUGGUAAUCAAUCAAAUAAUUUUCUAUUCUUUUAUUGACAAUAACUUUUUUUAUAAGAUUUUUGUAAUCGAUCAAAUUAGUAAGAAUAUCAUUUUAUAUUUUCCUUUUUGUUUCUUAUUCCGAUCAUUUUUAUUCAUUUAAUUAAUAAAUGAUGGUCCAGUCAAUACUAAUAAAAAAAUUCCACCAUUGACCCAAAAUUUAAUUUGUUAUUAACAAGAUAUAUGAUAACAUAUAUAUAAAUGAACCAAUCUUGAAUAUGUAAGUUAAUCUGAGACCAAACAAUCGCAAAAGUAAUUUAAAAUUUAAUAAAAUGUAUAUAUUAUUGAAAGAAUCAUUUGAGAAAAGUUUAUCUCUUGUAUUAGUAUUAUAAAUAAGAUUGAUUGUGUAUUUUAGGUAAAAAAAAUUUAGAUUUUGAAACAAAUUUAAAUAAUGUGAUUUUUUCUUACAGAUAUAUGCAUAGUCCUAGGUCCUACCAUAAAUGAUUUAUGAAUUAUUUAUUUCUUAAAAUGAAAAGUUUAAAUAACAAGAAUAGAGUACACAUUAAAAUGUAAAGAAGACUAUCUUAAUAAUAUUUUUCUUCUAAUGGUAAGAAACUAAAUUUUUGUCUACUAUAUUGUGCCAAGGAUAGAAACUGUGAAAAAGUCAUACUUUCUCUUUCUCUCUCUCUUUUCUUCUGUUUUCUUUUCGUCGAGCGUGUAGGGUAGAUAUAGACUAAGAGUGCGUCUCUGCCUCUCACAAUAUAUAUAUAUGAUAUAUCACCAUUAAAUUCAAUAGCACACUUACUAAUCCUCUCUCCAACACUUUCAUUAACUCUCUCCUUUGAACGUACGCCUCUAAACCGCUUCGUAAAACCACCAACAGUUUUCCGACCAAACUCAUUGCCUAUUCUUCAUCGACAACGUACAUUUAAAGAGAGUGAUUAGACAAAGCUGGAGUGAGAAACGACGCUAACAAAGGAACCAUAAAGAUCUUUAAGAAGAAGAAAAAGGAGAGAAAGAAAAGUAGUUGACUUGGAGAAGCUAACUUUUUCUUGUAACGAAUUCAGUGUAUGUGGGCAAGAGUGUUGUCUAGAUACUAAGGGAAACGAAAUAAACCUUUCUAGUAAACCCUAAUUUCUGGAUAUUAUGAGUUAAAAUUAUCAUUUAUCUUAUUUGAGUUUAAUCUCUAGUACUGAUAGUUUUUGAAACUCUAAAGAUCUUCCAGAUUAUCCAAAGAAAAAAUAGCAAAAAUGUCUCAGCCCAACAUGGUACCAGUGGAGAUGAACAACAAUGUUGGAGACGGUAACAACAACAACAACAACAACAACGGAAACAACAUCACCACCACCAACAACGACAUGAAUGGGGGUAUUGUUUUGGGGGAUGAGGAAAUAGACAGUGCUAAUACAAGUGAGAAUCAAGAAGAUGGAAGCGAUCAUCAAGAUCCAGCACGUCCUAGUAAGAGAAAACGUUAUCAUCGUCACACCAAACAUCAAAUCCAGGAAUUGGAAAAUUUCUUCAAAGAGUGUCCUCAUCCAGAUGACACGCAAAGGAAAGAGCUUAGCCGUCAGCUGGGAUUAGACCAUCAUCAGAUCAAAUUCUGGUUCCAGAACAAACGCACCCAAAUAAAGAAUCAUCAAGAACGCCAUGAGAACUCACAACUUCGGGCAGAGAACGAUAGGCUUAGAGCCGAAAACCACCAAUGUCGAGCAUCUAUUGCUAAGGCCAUAUGUCAUAGGUGUGGAGGUAAAACCGCAAUUGGUGAAAUGUCUUUCGAGGAACAUCAUCUUCUCCUCGAAAAUACUAAGUUAGCUGAAGAGAUCCGUCAAUUAUCUUUGGUGAUGCCCAAGUGUACAGGCAAGCCUGUAAUGAACUAUACCCUUACUCCUCCUGUUCCAGCUCGACCUUUGGAAGAGAUAGCAUCUAAUAGAAGAGAAGUCUAUGGAAGUAUCGGAAACGUCCCGGGGUCAGCACUUAGAGUGAAAGAUGGCGAUAAGCCGUUGAUCAUAGAGUUAGCAGAGUUAGCCAUGAAGGAGCUAAUGGCGAUGGCUCGACUGGAUGAACCGCUGUGGGACAUAGGAGCUAAUGGCACGAGCUUAGCUUUAAACUUGAAUGAAUACACAAGAAUAUUUCGGAACGGACUCGGGCCUAUACUGAAUGGGCUUAGAACCGAGGCAUCCAAGGCAACCUCAAUCGCGUUCAUGAACCAUCUAGACAUUGUUCAAAGUCUAAUGGAUGUGAAUCUUUGGUCGAACAUGUUUGCUAGAAUGGUUGCUAGAGCCAUGAGUCAUGACGCUCUCUUGACUGGAGUCCAAGGAAACUUUGACGGAGCGUUCCAUCUGAUGACUGCUGAAUACCAAGUUCUUUCGCCAGUAGUCUCAACCCGAGAAUGCUACUUCGUCCGCCACUGUAAGCAGCAAGGUGACGGUAUAUGGGCGGUGGUCGAUGUUUCUAUCGACCAUCUCUUUCCAAACCUUGAACUUAAAUGUCGGAGACGGCCCUCUGGAUGUUUGAUUCAGCAAAUUGAAAAUGGAUUCUGCAAGGUUACUUGGGUUGAGCAUGUGGAGGUAGAUGACAGAGAAGUACACCCCUUGUAUAAGUCCUUAAUCAGCUCUGGUCAAGCUUUAAGUGCUGAACGUUGGGUUGAAACAUUGGAGCGCCAGUGCGAGCGUUUAGCCUACAUCAUGUCUCCAAAUGUUCCAUCCAUAGAACCGGAUGGUCUAAUAAUGAUAACGAACAAUGCAAAGCAGAGCCUUCUGAAGAUAGCUGAGAGGAUGACAAGAAGCUUCCUCUCUGGAGUGGCUACUUCAAAUGGAGAUAUAUGGUUUGGAUUGUCUGGUAAUGGAGGAAAUACUGUCAGAGCGAUGACUCGAAAGAGCUUGAAUGAUCCAGGAAGGCCUGUAGGGGUCAUUCUCUAUGCAUCCACUUCGUUUUGGCUACCGGUUCCUCCUAAGACUGUCUUUGACUUCCUCAGAGAUGCCAACAAUCGAACCAAUUGGGAUGUUAUCACAACCGGAGGGGAAGGUUUACAGUUGAUGUCACAGAUUGGAAAUGGGAGAGACAGUAGGAACUGUGUAUCUUUACUCCGGACCCCAAACACUAGCCAGAAAAAGAUGAUGAUGAUCCAAGAGACCUCUACUGACCCAACCGCUUCAUUUGUGAUCUACGCACCUCUUGAUGUAACAUUGACAGAGAAUGUUCUCAUGGGAGGUGACCCUGGCAAUGUGUCACUACUUCCAAUGGGUUUUGCUAUUCUUCCUGAUGGUACGGCUCAGCCUGGAAGAGAAGGAGGGUCACUAGUGAGUACUGCCUUUCAGGUUCUGGCUGAAAAAGAUCCUUCGACUAUGCUGUCUUUUAGCUCUCUUGCAACCACUGAGAAUCUGAUUUUAACAACCGCGAAUAAGAUCAGAGCUUACUUUAGUCAGCAGACUGUUUGAAAGGGGAUGCAGAGGAGUAAAUCAAUGGGAGGAGUCAAGAAUGAACCUGAGAAGAAGCCAUGCUUGGUUUUUCUGUUGAAUGUUACUUCCUUGUGAACUUUUGCUAAGACAAUUGUUAUUUCAGUUUUUGUGUGUUUUGUUUCAUUGUUAUUGUUGGAACCUUAUCAAACUCAUUUCUCUAUUUGUGUUUCAAAUA